CGAUAACGCGAUCAUAACGUUGCGUAAAUCUUUUUUUAACGAGGAUGAAAAGAAAGCUUCCUAUUUCAUGAAAAGUGUGCUGCUACGAUGCAAGAGCGCUCUUUGAACAAGAGAUUAUUUUACAAUUUCGAUACGUAAUAUUGAAACGAUACAAGAGAUUCCGAAAUCACUUGAAUACAGUAAUACUGUUUCUGAAAAUAGAUCACGGAGACGCAAUAUCGCAGAAUUGCCGUCUUUUACGAAGAACUAUGUAAUAUAUGCACUUGUGAAAUACGCUCUGAAAAUACUUUCGUUUGCUUUGAAAUUGUUUAAUCAAUUUUUACAAAAAAAUUGCAUAACAAAUUUGCUUGCUGUGGAACGAGUCGUUAAACGAUUGAGCUUGUUGAAAUCUAGUGGAAAAUAAACGACAUCGAGAAAGGAAACAAAUAGCAGCGCGGUGCUUCCAUCUUUCGCGAAUGCGAUCGAUCGUUCGAAUCGAUGUGCAACGGAACGGCGCUAGCGAAAGAACGUCGGAUUCUCUUCGCAAGGGAGGAGAGAAACGGUUGUGCGAAUGCGUUUUCGCAGCGAAACCGAUUAAACGCUCGAGGCGAUGAUGUUUUGCGGUGGAUAACAGCGUGGAGAAGGCUGAAAAAAAAGGCUACAACAUGUACGGGCGUCAAGGUAACUCGAAUAACACGCAACCACCGCCGUGGUUGGUGCGUGCAGAAGUCACGAUUCGCCAUGGUACACCGGUCACUUCGGAAUCCAGUCAGGUACCAAUAAGCAUGUCUUCAACUGUCACGGAUUCGAGUGGUGUUCGCAUGAUAUAUCGAUGGAAUACCAGUCAAUCAUCUUCAUUACCGACAACUCCAAUCGUCACGACUUCUGGCCCACCCCUAUCCUCCAGCUCGUUCGGUUUCCAACGAGGAAACAUCGUGUUUACUUCGACGCCGCCUCCAAAGCCAAGCUACUUCACGAUUCCAAGAUCAGGCUCGUCUGGGAAUGACGAUUCUAUGUCAUCUAGAGGACGGAGUGUGAAUGUCUCGGACUCAGGCUAUAACAGCGGGCAAUUUUCACCUCAAUCAUACUCGAGUCUGCCUUCUCGUCGUCCUUCCAACAGUUCUUCUCAACAAUACAAUCGUCGAUGCAAGAGCACAUGCAGCAUCGUACUAUCCGCCGUGGAUGCUGCAGGCAGUUCGAAGGAACAGAGUUUCAGCAAAAUAGCAAGCAGUGAAACCAUCAGGCAUUCGUACGACAAUUCUUGGCGCCAUCCCUCGACGCAUCAACAUGUGUUUUCGCGUCAGCAGUUCAGUACGUUACCGGAAGUUUGUGAAGAGUGCUCCGAGGGAACCGUUUCCAGCGUACAUGAUACGCAUUUGUGCAGUAGUGUACAGGAAAAAGUUACGACCAAAUUGACCACAGUCAGUAAAGACGCUUCUUCGCAAACGACGGAUAUAGAAUCCUACGAAUCUUCGUCAACGAUCGUCAGCAGAAGCAAAGUAAAAAAGAAAGCGGCUACUGGUCUCCAUCCGUUGGACGAGCAGAAGAAGAAGAAGCAAGAGAAUCAAUCGCCAACAGUAUCCGAGACCACGAGCGUCGGUCCUUCAGCGGACUCGGAAAGAUCCGAUUCCUCAACGAGAGAUGACAGCGCGAAACGAAAAUCACGAACCGUGCACAUCGAUGUGUACUGCACCGGCUCUGACGAUGAUGAGAACACCGAUACGACAUCUGAGAAUGAAUGCGAUACUCCUAUGACCGUAUUCGAGAAUCCGGACGUGAAGGUCACCCAUACGCAAGUAGCAAGUAACAUUCUGCCCAGAGGAUUUCAAGAUGACAAGGCCUUUUUGAAACGUGCUACAGAACGACGAUGCGAUAGCUUUAAACACGCACCAAUGAGGAUGCCCUCCAUAGCUAGUUCAAAGGGCUAUGAUAGUGAUGACGUCCUCAGCUCGCUUUAUCCUUCUCAAUUCAGUUCUUACAGCGCUCUUAGAGAUCUCGAUUCAGCGCCCUGGUCAGCUGCGUCCUCUAACGCGGGCAUUCCAUUUGAUUAUGAUUCGACUAUUGCUACUUCAUCUAAAGAUACUCUGUCCGACAUAGAGUCUUUGAUAAAUAACGAAGUAGACUUGACCCCUUGUGAUAGCUUUGAGUAUGCGAGCAGUUCGGAUCGCGAAAGAAUACGAAGAAUUGAAGAAAUAUGGGCUAAGACGGGAAGUGAAGGGAAACAAUGGCGUUCACCAGAAGUUGAGCGCAAAUAUUUGUUGCAAAAUCGAAAGAUGAAAGAAUAUUUAAAGAAACAUGAGAUAGGAUGGUCGUCGGGUGACAGUGGCGAGGAAUCUGACGAAAGUGGUACAGUUGGAUGGAGUUUUGUAUCAAGCGAGGAUAAUCAAAGAAUGUUUAAGAAAGUUCCGACCAUACGACGAGCAAGUAAACCAAUCACUGAAUGUACAGACAGAAGCGCUAGUAUAGUGGAACAAGAGCUUUUGAAGCAAAAGAAUUUACAGCAAGAUCAUUCUGAUUCCACGACCCGUAGCGACAGUAUUCCCCAUCCGUACACUUUUCGUAAUCAAAUCGGUUCGUUCGGUUCCAAAAGCCCUUCCCCUCUUCCAUCGAAAGUACCUUCGCGAGUUACUUCUCCCUUUAUGACGCCUCAGGGCGAAAGAACCGACCAUAUUUUGAAGGCCUCGAUAUUCGGCGCGGUAGUGAACGCGUUUCGAAAGCCAGGCCAUCACAUAGGACCUUCCAAGAACCCCUCCUGUUCCUGUGAACAUUGUCGAAGAUAUUUCGAGGAACUGAAUUCACGAGCUUGUUCUGUAAGCGAAUUCGAACGUCAAACGGGAUAUCGUUUACAGAAUGAAAAGAGGAUAUUUCGCCCGAUCCCGAAAAAUGACAAAUCCUGAGACUCAAUACUUCAUUAACGCGUUUUUAAAAGUUUUUAAAAAUUGUAUCAUUAUUAAUAGUAUUUUCUGUUUCUUGGUGAAACUGUAUUGAAAAUAUUGUAAGGUUGUGUUUUGUAACAUAUAACGCGUGUGUUAAGUUAUAUUUAUUGAAUAAAAUAUCAUACUUUUUUUUCUAUUUAUGAUUGUUAGCAUCUGCUAAAACAUUCUGCUGAAUAUAAAGCAUUUAUGUAAACUAACAGAUACACGCAAUUACUUAAUGCUGUUAAUAAACGUUGAUUAUAUUAGUAAUUA